AUGGCAGAUGAGGAGGAAGACCCUGCUUUCGAGGAAGAAAAUGAAGAAAUUGGAGGAGGUGCAGAAGAUGGACAGGGUAAAGAAAGAGACUUUUUUUCUGAAGAAUUGAGAUGUAUGAUGUAUGGUUUUGGAGAUGACCAGAAUCCUUAUACUGAGUCAGUAGAUAUUCUUGAAGACCUUGUCAUAGAAUUCAUUACUGAAAUGACUCACAAGGCAAUGUCAAUUGGAAGACAAGGUCAAGUACAAGUUGAAGUACAAGUACUAGUCUUCUUGAUUCGAAAGGACCCCAAGUUUGCUAGGGUUAAAGACUUGCUUACUAUGAAUGAAGAAUUGAAACGGGCUAGAAAAGCAUUUGAUGAAGCAAACUAUGGAUAUUGA